AGUGGAGUGGGGCAUGUUCAUAUAAAACGCUCGUGCUUUGUGAAGCUUAAGCUUAUUUCAAUAUUGUCGGAGUGUUUAAUUAAGUCGGUAAAUACUUCCUUACGGUUGUUUCUGUUCGCAGUGAUCAAAUCAAACGUAUAGGUACACGCACACGGUUUAGUUUGUUGUUAUACUGUUUUCGAUCGCGAUAAAGAAAAAAAGCUGAUUUUUUUCGGUUGGAAAAUUUCACGUGAAAUUGGUCUUGGAUGCAAAAGUGUAUCAAAAAAAAAUUCAAAUGAACCUUGAAUGAAACGUUAGAUAAAGAUUUAAGUGGACAAAAAUAUUGACUCUGGCCUUUCGGAUAUACAAAAACCAUAUAAAAGCAAACUAACGAUUUAACAAAUUUCAAAUUGAUUGUUCAAUUUUAAUGUGCUAGUGCAAUAUACCUUCAAGUGACUGUGUCGAAUUUACAUCUAAAGGUGUUUUGAGGUAGUUUUUAUUUUCGUCGAGAGAAAUUUGACCAUAUCAAUCAUAAAAGAUGGCGUUUAUGGCAAUAUAUGAAGGAUGGAGAGAUCUCAUGGAUAAUAAAUCAGAUCCAAGAACGAGAGACUGGUUGCUGAUGAGUUCCCCAUUCCCCACAAUAGCAAUUAGUCUAACUUAUGCAUACUGUGUUAAGGUUCUCGGUCCAAAAUUAAUGGAAGAUAGAAAACCGUUCAAAUUGCGCGAGGUACUCAUUGUAUACAAUUUCAUUCAAGUGGUCUUCAGUUGUUGGCUAUUUUAUGAAGCAUGUGUGUCCGGAUGGCUAACCACCUAUAGUUAUGCUUGUCAACCGGUUGAUUACUCCCGAUCGCCGGAAGCUAUGAGGAUGGCAAGCGGUUGCUGGUGGUACUACUUCUCGAAAUUUACGGAAUUCUUCGACACAAUAUUCUUUGUUAUGCGAAAACGUUACGAUCAAGUGUCCACAUUGCAUGUUAUUCAUCACGGUAUUAUGCCAGCAUCGGUUUGGUGGGGCGUUAAAUUCACUCCCGGAGGUCACAGUUCAUUCUUUGGAUUCUUAAAUACCUUCGUUCACAUCAUCAUGUACACAUACUAUAUGCUGGCGGCAAUGGGACCAAAAGUUCAAAAAUAUUUGUGGUGGAAAAAGUAUUUGACUUUGUUGCAAAUGGUUCAGUUUGUGCUCGUUAUGGUCCAUGCCUUCCAAUUGCUAUUCCGAAAUGAUUGCAACUAUCCAAUUUAUUUCGCUUACUUUAUUGGAGCCCAUGCAGUUCUAUUCUAUUUCCUGUUCUCCAAUUUCUACAAACAGGCGUACAAGGAUAAGAAGGCCAAAAAAGAGGAAGAAAAACUCCUGCUCAAUGGAAUAAACAACAACAAUAACAACAAUGGAAAAGUUGCUCAAUUCUACGACAAAAAUGGGAAGACAGCGGAAAUAAUAAGGCAGAGAGUGUUCGUUGGGUCCAACAACUAAUUAGAAAAAUGCUAUUCAUGUUAUGUAUACUGGACAAUGUGGUGCAAUUGGUGUACACAUAUUAAAGUAGAUUAAAGUGCGUUUAACUAUUUUAAGUACCGUCAGAAAGCUCCCGUACGCCAUUAUUAUAUGCUUAAAUAUAAUUGUGUAUGUAUGAUAGCGCUAAUUAUUAGAAAAUAGUUUUAACAUUUAUGUGUCUGUCUUUUACUUAAGUACCAUUAUAAUGUGUUAGAUAUAAUAAGAAGACAGUGAUUAGAAUGAUUUAUUUAUAACUUUAAAUAUUAAUGUGCGGUUGCAAAAAAAAACAACUUUUUUUUACUGAACUUGAACUAAGUUUUUAUAAUAUUUAGUUCUACUGAAGAAUUAUAAUUUCUCUCGGAAAUAUGGAAGUUUGUUAUUAUUAUUGAACUUUUAUUCUGAAUUAUAAACAUUUUUGCUACAAAAUUUAUUUUUAAUAAAAAAAAAUCAAAA